AUGGGGGUGGCCGAGGCGGAGGUCGGCCGAGCAGAAGAUGCUGAUAUAACAACAAUCACCUACCCACCACGGGCAGGUAUCCCCGCGGUUCACAUCUCUGGGGAGGCCAGAGUCUCAGGGAACUCCGUAAUCGCUGGUGGAGAUGUCAUCAUUAAUAACUAUACUGUUUCACCGAAUGGGGAGUCCAUCGAUGGAAAGCUGAAGCAAUCAAGGCUGGAAAUCGCAGACUGGUUCGCACCCAACGUCAACGUCCACGCUAUUCAACAGCAGAACUAUGAGAAAUGGACCGAUGGAACACUUUCCUGGUUUACCGACUCGCCGGAUUACCUGGGUUGGAAGGGUGGAAGACAUCGCAUCCUUUGGGGCACUGGAAUUCCCGGGGCAGGAAAAACAAUCCUUGCUGCAAGAACCAUUCGCGACCUUCAGAAGCUACAAGAAACUUCCUCCAAGAGGAUUUGCGUCGUAUUUGCGUACUGUCGGUAUUCCGAACGAUUGACAGUCAAGGACAUACUCGAAUCGCUCGUGAGGCAAUUCAUCGAAUCUGACCCAUCGCUUGCGGACCUCGUUGAGCCCCUCUGUUCUAUGCACCAACGGAAGAAAACGCGGCCCACCCAAAAGGAGCUCUUGGACUUGUUACGGCAACUCGAGAGCCGAUUCGACACUGUAUUUUAUGUUAUCGACGGACUGGACGAGGCACUGGUUGACACCCAGUUCGACCUGAUCCAGGCUAUCAAGAUCCUUCGAGGCCAGUUUGCAUUGACAUCGCGGCCGUUGAAGAGGCUCGAGGCGGGGCUCCCAAACCCCAUGUUCUACUUGGUCACAGCAAAUGAUUCUGACAUCGUCCUCCUCAUUCAGAAGAAGGUGGAGCGGAACCCCGGCUUCAAAAGUCUCCUGGAGCAGCACUCCUACCUAGGUGAACUGGUCCGACGAAUUUUAGACAAAUCCAAGGGGAUGUUCCUUCACGCAGCCCUCCAAAUCGAAGUCGUUCAACACUCCGUCAGCAUCGUGGCCCUUCAACGUACACUGGAUAAUUUUCCGACCAAACUUCGCGACAUAUAUUCUCAAGCACUGGAGCGUAUCAGUGACCAGGAGAAAGAAAAUGCCGACCUCGCCAAACAUGUCCUCCUGUGGCUGGUUUUUGGUCGCGAGGCGCUCUCAUACCGCGAGUUGCAGUAUGCCCUCAGCCUCACCCUUCCCGGCUACCCUGCCGGGAUUGACAAGGACACCCUUCUGUCACUGUGUUGUGGGUUGGUCACCGUGGAAGCAAAGUCGGAUCUCGUGCGCUUGGUCCACUUCACUGCCCAGGAUGCUCUAGCCCCCCUAGUGAAGGAACAUAUCCCAGACCCUCACGGUGUGCUCUUUAAGGCAGCAGCUGGACGCCUCGUUGACUGCGGUUUCGUUGACAAUUCGGCGGGCCUGAAAACCGGAUUCGACCUCCAUACAGCACUCAAGCACCAACCAUUUUGCAAGUAUUCCUACGACCACUGGGGCUACCACGCGCGGAAGGCCAUGGCGAAUCCAUCAUCCGUUGAUGCUGUGGUCGACUUCGUUCGCCAAUGCAAGUCAUUCCCGGUGGAAUAUUCGUGGCAUCUCACAUUGCUGUCCCCACUUCAUAUUGUGGCGCGUCAUGGGCUUUGUGGCAUUCUCGACGAAAUUCUGGUGAAGGCUGCAGGGGGUAGCGUGACAUUGCGCACGUGUGGGGCAAAGGAGCUCACCCCGUUGAUGAUAGCCUCGAGACACGGUCAUGUAGAAGUGAUUGAUGGGCUACUGCGAUACACCAGAAGUUCCGCAUUGCGGUCUGUGUUGAGUGGCGAAGGACGACCAGGGAGGCAUCUCUUCUUUAGGCAACUGAAUCUUCGGGACUGUGUGGGGAUGACGGCACUGAUGCACGCAUCGAGCGAAGGCCACGAAGGUGUCGUCCAACGGCUGCUCGCUCAUAAGGACACCCAGAUCAAUCUCACCGACAGUGGUGGACGGACGGCAUUCAUGCACGCAUCGGGAGCCGGCCGCGAAGGUGUCGUCCGACUGCUGCUCGCUCACAAGGACACCCAGGUCCAUCUCACCGACGAUCAUGGAUGGACGGCAUUCAUGCUCGCAUCGAGCGAAGGCCGCGAAGGUGUUGUCCGACUGCUGCUCGCUCACAAGGACACCCAGGUCAAUCUCACCGACGAUCAUGGAUGGACGGCAUUCAUGCUCGCAUCGAGCGAAGGCCGCGAAGGUGUUGUCCGACUGCUGCUCGCUCACAAGGACACCCAGGUCAAUCUCACCGACAACGGUGGACGGACGGCAUUCAUGCAGGCAUCGGGAGCCGGCCGCGAAGGUGUCGUCCGACUGCUGCUCGCUCACAAGGACACCCAGGUCCAUCUCACCGACGAUCAUGGAUGGACGGCAUUCAUGCUCGCAUCGAGCGAAGGCCGCGAAGGUGUCGUCCGACUGCUGCUCGCUCACAAAGACACCCAGGUCAAUCUCACCGACAUCGAUGGGCAGACGGCAUUGAUGCUCGCAUUGAGAAAUGGUCACGAAGGAACCAUCCGACUUCUGCUCGCUCACAAAGACACCCAGGUCAAUCUCACCAACAACAAUGGAUGGACGGCAUUGAUGCUCGCAUCAAACAAUGGCCACGAAUGCGCCGUCCAACUCCUGCUUGCUCACCAGGACGCCCAGGUCAAUCUCACCGACAACUAUGGAUGGACGGCACUGAUGCAUGCAUUGCGCCGUGGACCGGAUCUCCUCGAAUACCCUUUUUACAUGGGUCCGGAGCCAUCACAACUGGGUGUUCUGAAACUCCUAGUGGACCGCAAGGUCGACGCCAACGCUGUCGACAAACAUGGGGAUACUGCACUGAUUUUCGCCGCAAGGGACGGACGCAGAGAGGCUGUCUCUCUGCUCCUGCAGCACACAGGGAUAGACGUUUACCACAGCAACAACAAGGGUGAAACAGCGCUUAGCAUCGCUCGGAAGAGAUAUGUUAGAAGAAAGGGAAGCGAUUACAAAGCCAUCGUCCAGCUGCUUUCUGAGUACGAGCGACGCCCAUCGUAA